GCACAUGAGGAGAUUCAGCGCCUCAACAUCGAAGUUUGUCGUCUGCAGACUGCCAUACACGACAAAGAUGCACAGAUGACUGCAACUGUGAAUGAACUCCUUGACUCGCAUCCUGCACUGUGUUGGGAGCUGCAGAACCGCUGGAAACUCCAUUCAGCAGUUAAUUAUGUGCAUUUGUUCCGGCUAGAUCAGAUUGAGUCACAACCCGGCUUCUCAGGUAUU